AUGGUCGUGCAGUCGGGCCAGCGGCUGGAGUUCCGCUUCCAGACCAACACCGUGCAGCACCUGCUUGCUGAUCUGAUCCGAGAU